AUGCAUGCGCUCGUACGCGCACCUGAAGCUGCAGAGUUCCUCGUGAAAGAUUUCGUCAAGGCGCCGUUAAUCGAUGCUCUUGUCUUUACCAACAGCAAGGGAGCCAAACCCUUUCCUUGGUCUCCGGAAUUGCUCGAGAAAUUUGAGGCGUGUAAGAAGAGCUUAGCUGAUGCGACUUUGAUACAACAUCCUGUUAGCGAUGCCCCGCUAGGUCUUUUUGCUGAUGCCUCCAGCCGCCGAGAGAAGCUCGCUCCGGCACAACUCAACCAGUUGUCUUUUAUAAGUCAGUUUACGACUGACAUAAAACACAUCAAAGGCGAAGACAACACCGUGGCUGAAGCCAUAUCUCGAAUUAACGCAAUCUCCCUGGAGCAGGAAUACGAGGAUCUUGCCAAGUCACAAAAGCCGGACGAAGAACUCCUAAGACUUUUGGAGAAUAAUUCUUCCAGCCUCCAACUUACCAAAGUUGUAAUCCCUGGCACCGAUCUCUCUUUAAUCUGUGAUCUUUCAACAAGCAAGCCUCAACCCUAUGUCACUCCCGAAUUUCGCCGAGCCAUUUUCAAUAAACUUCAUAAUUUGAGCCAUCCCGAAUCUCGUGCAACAACCCGCCUCGUAGCUGAUCGGUACGUCUGGCCCUCCAUAAAUAAAGACUAUCGAAGUUGGUCUCGAGUUUGCCAAGCUUGUCAGCGCAGCAAAGUAACUCGUCAUAACUCCGCUCCCUUAGGCAACUUUGAUACGCCAUCUGGUCGAUUCAUACUCAUUCACAUGGACGUAAUAGGUCCACUACAGGUUUGUAACGACUAUCGUUAUUGCCUCACGGCAAUUGACAGAGUGACCAGAUGGCCCGAAGUCUGGCCCAUGCGGACAACGACGGCAGAAGAAGUAGCAGAAACUUUCACCAGGGAAUGGAUCGCGCGUUACGGGGUACCUUCAGUACUUACAACAGAUCGUGGUGCGCAAUUUGAGUCCGACCUGUUCCGUCGACUUUUACAAAACUUCGCCACCAAACGGAUACGUACCACCGCUUACCAUCCAGCCGCAAAUGGCAUGAUCGAGCGUGUAUCGUGUAUGAAUGAAAUCGGCUUUUAA